UGUGCCCCGAGACGGUUUUGAGUAGGGGAGGUCUCACCUGGGGCUCUGCAUCGGGGCUGAGGGAGUGGAGGACAUCGGUGGUGAGUCGGUCCCUGUCCCCCGAGGCGCUGCGAGCCUCUUCAGGAGCGGGGGCGCCCGGGUCCCCCGCGAUGGCCGCUGCCCGGCCGGGCCCCACCAGGACCACCAGCGGACGCUGGAGCACCGCUCUCUAGCCGGGCGCAGCCCCUUCUUACCCCGGCCCGGAGAUGGGGAGCAGCGGGUCGGCGCUGAGGGUCUGUGCGGACCACCGCGGGGGCAUCAACUGGCUGAGCCUGAGCCCGGACGGGCAGCGCCUGCUGACGGGCAGCGAGGACGGCACGGCUCGCCUCUGGAGCACCGCGGACGGCCGGUGCUGCGCGCUCCUGCAAGGACAUGAGAGCUACGUGACCUUCUGCCAGCUGGAGGAUGAAGCUGCCUUCACCUGCAGUGCUGACUGCACCAUCCGGAGGUGGGACGUUAGGACCGGGCAGUGUCUGCAGGUGUACCGAGGGCACACGUCCAUCGUGAACAGGAUCCUAGUUGCAGAUGACCAGCUCUUUAGCAGUUCCUAUGACCGGACGGCUCGUGUGUGGACCAUGGACAAAGGGCAAGCGUCCCAGGAGUUCCGGGGCCACCGCAACUGCGUACUGACACUAGCCUACUCUGCUCCCAAGGACCUGCCCAGUGAUCCCUGCUUGGAGGCAGCCAUGGGCGGCGGCCUCCUAGUGACUGGCAGCACGGAUGACACGGCCAAGGUGUGGCAGGUGGCCAGCGGCUGCUGCCACCAGACACUUCGGGGCCACACGGGAGCCGUGCUGUGCCUCGUUUUGGACGUCUCCAGCCACACAGCCUUCACGGGCAGCACUGAUGCCACCGUCCGUGCCUGGGACAUCCUGAGUGGGGAGCAGCUGCGGGUUUUCCGGGAACACCAGGGCUCCGUCAUCUGUCUGGAGCUCACAGAUCGGCUCUUGUACUCGGGCAGUGCAGACAGGACUGUCAAGUGCUGGCUGGCUGACACCGGAGAGAGGGUGCGCACAUUCCCGGCACACAGACACAGCGUGAGCGCCCUCAAGUACCAUGCGGGCACCUUGUUCACAGGCAGCGGAGACGCCUGCGCCCGGGCCUUUGACGCCCAGUCCGGAGUGCUGCAGAGGGUGUUCCGAGGCCACACCUUUAUCAUCAAUUGCCUCCAGGUGCAUGGCCAGGUGCUCUACACAGCAUCUCAUGACGGUGCUCUGCGCCUCUGGGACGUACGUGGCCUCCAGUCGGUGUCGCCUCUGCCCCGCAGGCCAGCAGCCAAGCGUAGCCUGUCUCGCCUCUUUAGCAACAAGGUGGCCUGUGCGGCCCCCACGCCCCUGCAGCCAGCCUGAGUACCUGGAGAGGAGACGGUGGAAACCUGAGGCCUCGCUCCUUUUAUGUUCCUGGGCUUGCAGUGGCCUGUAACAGGGCGUGCACCUGCCCUCAGAACCUUUCCCACUGUGGAGGAAGGUGCCUCUUCCCUAAGGCCUUGCCACCUGGACAGUUAUAGCCAAGGCAGGAACUUUAGCUCACCUGCCUCCAGCUCUGACGGCUGAAGCCUGUGCUUGCCAGGCACUCCCUGCUGAGAGAAAAUAGGCCUUCCUAUAAAAGCCAUGGAGCCAGAUUGUCAUAUUAGCCAGAAAUGUGCCAUGAGGACCCUCCUGAAGAACUCAGAUACCCCUUGGUCAAAGUGCUCUAAGUGUAUUCUUUGGUUUCCUUUUGGAGGCCUACUGGCCUCUUGUCACAGCUGUGGCCUCCAAUACCUGGCCUGUGUCAUUUCCCCUUCUGGUUGAGAACCAAGGUCGUUUAUAUAGCAGUGGCCUUAGGAGAGGACAGGGAGCAAGGAACCUGCUCUUCAGUCAGCCUGCUUGACAGGAGGCCCUUCUGCCUUGGAGUACCCGUCCAUCUUUUGGAGAUUAAUCCAGGGUUCUCUCCUCUCAAGGUCUGGAGUUAAAAGCUAGGUAGGGCCAUUUGGUCUUGUGCAGAAAUGCCAGCAGUAUGGCCAAGUGUGGUGGAGUCACUGCACAUACGCUGGAGCCAUUGGGGCUGAAGAGAUGGCUCAGUGCUAAGAGCACAUUCACUGUUCUUGCAGAGAUCAUUGUUGGAUUCCUAGCACCAAGCUGAGCUGUCACAACACCUGUAACUCUAGUUCCAGGGAAUCCAACCCCCUCUCCUGGCCUCCAUGGGCACCUGAACAUAGCCAUAC